GGCUGAGAGUCCUCGUGGUUGACGAUGACGUCACCUGCUUGAAGAUUCUCGAGCGCAUGCUUCAGAGAUGCCGGUAUCGAGUUACAACUUGCUGUCAGGCUACAGUAGCUUUAUCCCUUCUUAGGGAGAAACGAUGUGGUUUUGAUGUGGUAAUAAGUGAUGUUCACAUGCCUGACAUGGACGGCUUUAAGCUGCUUGAGCUUGUCGGCCUUGAAAUGGAUCUUCCAGUUAUCAUGAUGUCUGCUGAUGGGGGAACCAACACUGUAAUGAGAGGAAUAAAACAUGGGGCUUGUGAUUAUUUGAUUAAGCCUGUACGCAUUGAAGAGCUAAAGAAUAUAUGGCAGCAUGUCAUCAGAAAAAAGCAGAAUGAAACUAAGGAGUAUUCAGGCAGCAUGGAUGACACACAUCGUAAUAGGCGAGUUUCAGAUGAUGCUGAGUAUGCUUCCUCAGUGCAUGAUGGAGCAGAUGUAUCUUGGAGGUCUAACAAAAAGAAAAGGGAUACCAAAGAAGAUGAAAAUAGUGGUGAAUUGGACCAUGAGGAUUCUUCAUCGUCAAAGAAGCCUCGUGUCGUGUGGUCGGUGGAACUCCACCAGCAAUUUGUUAGUGCUGUCAGCCAACUUGGGAUUGAAAAGGCUGUGCCGAAGAGAAUUCUGGAACUGAUGAAUGUUCCUGGAUUAACUAGGGAAAACGUUGCAAGCCAUUUGCAGAAAUUCAGACUAUACUUAAAGAGAAUAAGUGGUGUAGCUCAACACCAGAAUGGAUUUCCUAAUUCUCUAUGUGGUCCUAUAGAGCCGAACACAAAAGUUGGCUCAAUGGGAAGACUCGAUUUCCAAGCUCUUGCAGCCUCAGGUCAAAUCCCCUCUCAAACCCUAGCUGCCCUGCAUGCUGAACUUCUAGGCCAUCCUUCAAACAGCUUAGUAUUGCCAUCAAUGAACUCGCCACUUUUACAAUCAAGGCAAGAGCCCAAGAUUAUUAACGUACAACCAUCGUGUAUGAUUGCUCCCUCUCGAUCACCAACUUGUUUAAAUGUUGGACAGACCUCUUUACCUCUGAAUCCAAGUUCCAUAACCGUUCCAUCUCAAUUGUCAAACAGCUGUCAGUCUGGGAAUAGUUUUGUCGCCAUCAAAUCAAGUUCCGGCUUCAACAGUAGUAACAUAGCUCUUGAUUACGGACUGCUAUCAAACAGUGAUCCAUUGUGUGUAGCGCAAACUUCAGAUGGAGACAUCACAAAUAUCAGGAUGUUAAAUGGGUCUCCAGGGUCAAUUUCAUCAGCUUCAUCUUGUUCAGCUCCUACAAAUGGCGACACUUUUUGGCGAAUUCCGAACUCAAAUGCUAAUGUUAGUCAUGCAACUGGAGUGCCUGUGAAUUUACCAAAUUUGUGUUCUCAGAGCUCUGAGCUGAAGACAGGGAGACCAUCUGAACAAGGGCAAUUAAGGAAUCUUGGCUUUGUUGGUAAAGGUAUGUGCAUACCCAGCCGAUUUGUGGUGGAUGAAAUUGAGUCUCCUGCCAGUUAUCAGUGUGUUAGGAAUACAUGUAUUGGUGAUGAUGGAGCUAGAGUGAAGCAAGAGCUUCAUUCGGAUUUCGCGGAUAGUUCUCAAAUUGGGACUCCGAGUCUUCCACAUUUUUCUUCAAGUAGCUUCACCGGUGUUCUUUCCAAGGACAGGUUGGAAGGGUGCAUUACAAAAUACUAGGGUUUCGUGGAGUAGAUACUUUUGGUCGAAGGACAUCCUUGUAAAAGUUGGUACUGUUCGUUUGUUGUUUCACUUUGUUGUAGAGUGAGAUUGGAGAGUGGAUUUAAAAAGUCCAUGCUCCUGAAAGAAGCAGAUAUGGUAAAAACUUAUUCAAGUUGGUAGAAUAAGUGCAUACCAUUACCUUGUCAAUUAUGCUUCAAUACGUAUGUAUAAUUUAUCGCGAGCAAGCUGGAAUCUUGUAAAAAAUAGACUAAAAUUGUGAUGUAUAUAUAUGUAAUCUGGUUGACGAAAUCCAUUAUACUGCUUAUAUUAGCCAAGUUCUUGUAUGUUUCUUA